CACGCACGAGAAGUAAUCGUUCCCACUCCGUUGUUCAUUUGCCGUCUCUCGAGUUUGCGGCUCCGAUCAUUUCUCUUUCUGCAACUAUCCGAAAGUCAUCGUUGCCGCGAUCAUUUGCACGUUGAGUGUCUGUGCCUGCAAAUGUCGUGUUGCACAUCGGUCAAGAUGCUGUUGAUACAACCUACGGAUGAAAUGUCUAACCAGAUACGAGUGGAAUUGAAUGAGAAUGUAGCAACGCGCGAUAAGGAUCUCGAAAUGAUUAAAGAAUGGCUCGCUAAGCAGCCGCAUUUACCUAAGUUCGACGAUGAUCAAAGAAUAAUGACAUUUCUACGUGGGUGCAAGUUUUCCUUGGAGAAAUGCAAAUGGAAACUAGACAUGUACUUUACGAUGCGUGCAAUAGUUCCUGAAUUUUUCUCCAAUCGUGACAUUACAAUGCCGGCGCUGCAAGAAGUAGCAAAGCUACUACAUCUACCUCCUUUGCCAGGCUUGACGCACAAGGGAUAUAGAGUGAUCGUCAUGCGAGGAGUCGAUAAGGACAUACCAACUCCCAAUAUACCGGAAACUAUGAAAACAGUGUUCAUGAUCGGCGACAUUCGUCUGAAGGAGGAGGAACACGGUGUGGCUGGCGAUGUCUACAUUCUCGACGCUGCUGUCGCGACGCCCAUACAUUUUGCCAAGUUUACACCAUCUCUAGUGAAGAAAUUUCUGGUCUGCGCAAUGGAAGCAUAUCCAGUGAAGCUAAAAGAAGUGCACGUGAUAAACAUCAGUCCACUCGUAGACACAAUCCUUAAUUUUGUCAAACCUUUCCUGAAGGAAAAGAUACGCAAUCGCAUCUUCAUGCACAGUGAUAUCAAGACGCUAUAUGAUUACAUACCUCGAGAGAUAUUGCCGACCGAAUAUGGUGGCGACGCUGGACCCAUCCAGAAUAUACAUGACAUGUGGAUGAAGAAAUUGGAGGAAUACGGGCCGUGGUUCGCGGAGCAGGAAGCUAUGAAGACUAACGAGGCUUUACGACCAGGUAAACCAAAGACGCAAGACGACCUAUUUGGUCUUGAUGGAUCCUUCCGGCAGUUAUCGAUCGAUUAAGUCGUUUAACGCGAUCCAAAAUCGUUAUGGCGUAAUCACCGCCAACGGCAGUCGUUAACCAGAUCGUCAGCGUAAACUUCGAUGUCGAUCGAUCAUAAACUUCGUCCACGAUGAAAGCUGAAGCAUUUCCGUUUCAAACGAUUACAAAUGUAUCGCAAAUUUUUGUACGAACUGUGCUCGAUAUCGAGUAUCUUUAAAAUAGCGCGAUUCAAUUCGUAUAACUUAUAUAGUUAAAACAUAAUAUAUUUUUAUCAAAAAGCUUGCCAAAAAAAUGAUAGAG